AUGACAGAGGAAAAAUGUAGAGUUUGUGUCACAGGAGGCACAGGGUUCAUUGGUUCAUGGAUCAUCAAGUCACUCCUUGAAUAUGGAUAUUCUGUUAAUACCACCAUAAGAUCCAAUCCAGGAGGCAAUAGAGAUGUUAGCUUCCUCACAAAUCUACCUGGUGCAUCUGAAAAGCUACAAAUGUUCGAUGCUGAUCUUAGUGACCCAGAAAGUUUUGGUCUUGCAGUAGAAGGGUGUGUUGGGAUUUUUCACACUGCCACCCCGAUUGAUUUUGCAGUGAACGAGCCAGAGGAAGUGGUGACCAAAAGAACCAUUAAUGGUGCACUAGGCAUACUGAGAGCAGCUGUGAAAUCAAAGACAGUGAAAAGGGUUGUCUACACUUCUAGUGCCUCCACUGUUUCCUUCUCUGGCCCAGAGCGGCAAGAUGUAGUGGAUGAGAGUGCUUGGAGUGAUGUGGAUUUGCUUAGGAGUGUGAAGCCAUUUGGUUGGUCAUAUGCAGUUUCAAAAGUUUUGACAGAGAAGGCAGUGCUUGAAUUUGGAGAACAAAAUGGAUUGGAUGUUGUGAGUCUUGUUCCUCCCUUUGUUGUUGGACCUUUCAUUUGUCCCAAGCUUCCUGACUCUGUUGAAAGAGCACUGGUGUUGGUGUUUGGUAAAAAGGAAGAUAUUGGUGUGACUAGAUUCCAUAUGUUACAUGUGGAUGAUUUGGCUAGAGCACAUAUCUUCCUGCUAGAGCAUCCCAAUCCCAAAGGGAGAUAUAAUGUUUCACCAUUCGUUGUACCAAUUGAAGAGAUUUCUGAACUUCUUUCAGCCAAAUACCCUGAAUAUAAAAUACCAUCAGUAGAUGAGUUGAAGGAAAUUAAAGGUGCCAAGUUUCCACAUUUAAUCUCCAAGAAACUAGUGGAUGCUGGUUUUGAGUUCAAGUAUAGUGUGGAGGACAUGUUUGAGGAUGCAGUUGAAUGCUGCAAGCAAAAGGUCGUACCCGCCCGCGUGUUUCCUCGUCCGAGGGCAUUGAUGAUUCUGCUGGUUCCGCCACUGGCAGCUGUUGUCGUGUUCCGCUUCUGGGAUCACCGCCAAUUGCGUAAAGGAACAACAUCUGGAACUUCCAUGGCUUGGAACGUGUUUAAGUUCUGCACUUCCCUGAAAGGAUUAGGCUCGAUCAUGAUAUUAAUGGUUCUUGGGGUUGUGGGUGUUACCUAUUACGCCGUUGUGUUGACUAAUUUUGGACCUGCAUUGUAUCUUGGUGGCCUUGAUACUCCUAUCUCCUUCGUGGGGUUAAUCCUUUUUCAUUGUUUGUUGGUUAUGGUAUUGUGGAGUUACUUUACAGUUGUGUUUACGGAUCCGGGGAGUGUACCUCCUAACUGGAAACCUGCUGUUGAUGAGGAGAGGGGAGAGGUUGAUCCAUUAAACGGGGUAGAAUUAAGUAACAUGCGGUCUGAUUCUUCGAAUGUAGGGAUCAGACACUGUCGGAAGUGCAGUCAACCCAAGCCAGCUCGAUGUCAUCAUUGUUCUGUUUGUGGUCGUUGUGUGCUGAAGAUGGACCACCAUUGUGUCUGGGUAGUUAACUGUAUUGGAGCAUUAAAUUACAAGUAUUUUCUCCUUUUCUUGUUCUACACUUUCCUUGAGACCACUCUUGUGACUGUAUCAUUAUUGCCACAUUUCAAAACAUUCUUUACUGAUGGAGAAAUUACUGGAACACCUGGCAAUCUUGUUGCAACGUUUCUUACUUUCGUUUUGAAUCUAGCCUUUUCCUUGAGUGUCUUGGGAUUUCUUGCCAUACACGUGUCAUUGGUAGUAACUAAUACCACCACUAUUGAGGCAUAUGAGAAGAAAACUUCACCAAAAUGGCGUUAUGACCUUGGUCUGAAGAAGAAUUUUGAACAGGUGUUUGGGAUGGACAAAAGAUAUUGGUUCAUCCCUGUUUAUUCAGAAGAAGAUAUAAGAAGAAUGCCUGUACUUCAAGGCCUUGAGUAUCCAUCAACACCAGACUUCCUCAUCCAAGAUUGCUGA